AUGGCGGCACCGCCCUCUAAUAAUAAGGCCAAACGAAAACGUGUGUUUGGUGAUGAAGUGAAGUCAGUAUCAAUGAUUGAGGGAGAUUCUGUUACUCUACAAAGUUAUAUUACUAAACUACAGACAGAUGAUCUGAUACUGUGGAAGUUUGGACUUAACAAGACUCUAAUAGCAAGAAUUAAUGGAGUGGCCAAAGAUAUCUCAGUAUUUGAUGAUGUUCUUGAUGGGAGAUUCAGAGACAGACUGCAGGUGAAUGAUCAGACUGGAGAUCUCAUCAUCACAAACAUUGAAACUCAACACACUGGAGAUUAUAAAAUAAUCAUCAGCGGCAAACAGAAGACCUCAUUUGUUUUUAAUGUUAUUGUCUAUGCUCGUCUUCCUGUUCCUGUCAUCUCCAGAAACUUUUUACAAUGUUCGAAUUGUUCAUUAUUGUGUUCAGUGUUGAAUGUGAGAGAUGUGAGUCUGUCCUGGUACAAAGGAAACAGUUUAUUGUCCAGCAUCAGUGUGUCUGAUCUCAACAUCAGACUCUCUCUACCUCUGGAGGUUGAAUAUCAGGAUAACAACACAUACAGCUGUGUACUCAACAAUCCCAUAACAAACCGAACUCAACAUCUCAACAUCAAUCAUCUCUGUCAGACAAGUUCACAUAAAACAGCUCUUACCAUUAUUCUGAUCUGUUGUGCUGUUGGAUGUCUGAUGGUUGUGGCUUUAGUUCUGAUCUGCUGCAUCUGCAGGAAACGAAAAAACACAAAACAACAGGUUCAGACCGGUGAAGUGGAGAUCACAGAUCCAGCAAUCUGUACAACACGGGACGGAUUAUCCAUAGACAAGAUUGGGCAAGUGUCCUGGGGCACCAGCACAUAG